GAUAUCUCAUCAUAUGAUUAUAACAGGUUCCUCCUCCGACCCGAAACCUUCACGUCGGUUCCUCCUCCGCGAUUCGCCUUCGGUCCGCUUUAUUCGAUUUCUGUUGGCUAUUUAUUGAAUUGCAUUCCUUUCCAUCAUGGAUCGUUCAUCGAAGAAGACAAUGUCUUACAGUUAUGGCAUAAUCUACAGAGUUCUUGCUUCUAUUGCAAUAACAAUAUUGAUCAUGGUCUGUUUAUAUUAUUGUCUUGCUGGUCAAGGUGAACGCUUUUCAAUAGCAUGGCUUUUGUCAGAUUCUUCCCCUUUUAUGUGGUGUAUGGUUGGAAUUGGUCUGGCAAUAUCUCUGUCUGUUGUUGGAGCUGCUUGGGGAAUAUACACAACAGGUUCGAGUAUUCUCGGUGCCGGUGUCAAAGCUCCAAGAAUCCGUACCAAAAACCUCAUCAGCAUCAUCUUCUGUGAAGCUGUGGCUAUUUAUGGCAUCAUCAUGGCAAUUGUGAUUGGGAACCAAGCCAAUGAUUUCAACAUCAAUGAGGUCUCCACUGAUGUCUUAAGAAAUAAUUUUAUGUCAGGUUACAUGAUGUUUGGCGCUGGGUUGACAGUGGGGUUGUGCAACCUUGCCUGUGGGAUGUGUGUGGGUAUUGUUGGCUCUGGAGCUGCGUUGGCAGAUGCUCAAGAUGCCAGCCUCUUUGUCAAGAUUCUCAUUGUGGAGAUUUUUGGUAGUGCCAUCGGUUUGUUUGGUGUCAUUGUAGGAAUUUUACAGACCUCCAGAGCGAAGAUGACCACUACCUAAGUCUGUUGUUGACUUUAAACAGUUGACCAUUUGUGGUCAGAUUUUACACAGUCUUAAUGAUAGACGCUGCCAACAUCAUUAUCUUGUUAAUGUGUUUGUGUGUGUUUUUUGGUUUUUGUUCUGUUGUCAGUUCUUCCAUCAAUCAUUGCUGUUCUUAGGCUUUCCAAGUCUCUUCUUCUCUCUCCCGGUCCCCACCUUCACUUCAGCUUCGAUGAGGAUGCAGUUGUUUCCUCCUCCUCCCCCCAUUCCCUUAUUCUUCAGAUUCUUCUUAACUGCUGUCAACUCCUCCUCAAUAUCACAGGCGAGAUUCCUUCAAGGUUUUGCAGCCCAACAAAACACAAUUCAAACAUCCUUCAUCUUUUCUUGUUUCCAGUAGUCUUACGGUUGCUAUGGUGUUGGCAGUUUCAUAAACCUGGUCAGAACUUGCAGACUAAACAUGAUCAAUAAUAAUAAUAAUAGUAAUAAUAAUGUUGACAAACUGUGGAAACGAAUGUCUUGUGUGUGUGUGUGUGGAUGGGUUGGGGUAAGUAUCUCUCUAUCAUGCGCGUCUGUUUCAGUUGGUUUUCCAGACAAAUUUUCUUGGCUAAACUGCGACAUAAUUACAUUUUAAUUAGUUUAAUAUAAUUUCUCUUAAGAUGUUUAGUCUUGUACUCACACCUUCAGAACACAAUUACACACUGAAGACAUCUGCAACACAGUUGCACACACACACACACACACACAUGUAUGCAGCAUAGCCAAAUAUAUAUAUACAUAUACACAGCCUUGUAUAUACAUAGCAACACACAUGUCUCUCUCUCUAUGUACGUAUAUAUACAUACAUACAUAUAUACACACAGCAUAAUCACACACUACUAAGUAAAAUAAUUUAAGAGUGAUUCCUGUAUUUCUCCAAGUUAAUUUGGCUGCUAGAGAUUUUUUUCUUUACCUCUCCCAUUUUGUGUGUGUGUGUGUGUGUGAAAUUAUAGAUUUGUGAAAGUUUGAAAACCUGUUUAAACAUUUUCUGAAGACUUGUUACACAAAGAAAUUCCUUUCCAGUGAGUUUUUACAGUUCAAAGACCAUUUUGACAUUCCAAACUUGAUUUCAUUGGAAUCAGUUGAUGUCUUUUGUUUGUUAAAUUUUAUUUUAGUUUUUUUGAUUGUUUUGUUUUUCAUUUUGGAUAAAGCAGAAAAAUUUUGAGUGCAAAA